AUGGACAAAAUCAUCAACAGCGCGUUGGAUGCGGUGGAAGAGCACGUGGUGCAACGGUUAGAAGACACCGGUUUGGUCGUUUUCGACGACGACGACGACGACGCGAGCAAAAGAACAACGCUGAAAGGGAGAAACGUCGUCCAAAAGUUGAAACUCAUGCGAGAGGAAAAAAAGCGCAGGAAGGAAACGAAAGAGAAGAAAAGGAAAGAGAUAAAGGAAACGAAGGCGGAAAGGAAACGAGAGGAUAAGGCGUCGGAUGCGAAGUUGAUGGAAAUCGUGAAGAAAGCGCAGCAGCAGCAGCGGGAAAAUUCUGAUGAUGCGAGUGAUGACAAAAACAAGGAAAAAGACGACGUCUUGGUGAAGGCGCUGUUGAAAGAGGUGCAACGUUUGCGCGAACGAGUGAAGACGAGUUACGAGGAGGAGGAUGACGAGGACGAGAACAGGGAGACUGGCAAGAAUGUCUCCUCUUUAUCGUCGUCGUCAUCGGAGGAAGAGGAUUCCAUCUUGCUCUCGGCGAUUGAAGAAAUCGAAUCUACGUCCGCGUUGCGGAGCGAGUUGGACGUGUCUCUCCGACAGUUGCAGAGGAGCAAGCAAAGCACGGUGGAUUCAGAAUUGUUGGAAAAAGAACGAGAAGGAUUCGAGGAGCGCUUAACUCGAGAAGUGGAGAAGAAGACGAAGGUUUUGGAGGUUAGAAAAUCGGCGGCAGAAAACGCUGCGGAUCAAGCGAGGAAGAAAUUCGCCGCGGCGGAACAAAAUUUACGAGAGUUGAGGAAGAGACACGACGAGGCGCAGAGUCGCAUUUUUGAUUUAGAAAAUAACGAGGUGGAGAUGAAGUCGACGUUGGCGAAAGAUCGAGAGAGCUUGAAACUCGAAGCCGAGAAAUUGCAGAAACGCGAGGAGGAAUUCGUGAAUAAGACGAACAACGUCAUCAAUAACGGCGGAGGAGUAGGUAUGACGAUGAGGAGUAAUAACAACAGUCUCCCGGAACUCGGCGUCGCGGCUCUGGAGGAAAAGCUACAAGUGAAAGAGAGGAUGAUUGCAAAACUGGCGGAAGAUGUGGAGGAGAUGGAGAACGCGUCGGUGGCAGUCGCGAAAGAGGCGGAAAAGAACGUCGCGAGUUUAACGAAACAGUUAACGGAGACGAAAUUGAAAUUGGAAGAAACGAAGAGAGAACUGAUGAAGGAACAGAGCAACGCGGAAAUGAGCGGUGCGAAAGUUGUCGAGGAAUUGAGAGAAAGAGUGCGAGUGUUACAAGCGCUGGUGGAUUCUGAAGAUGGUGACGUAGCCGAAGCUAUGUCGAUUAGGGGAAGCGACGAUACCAACGAAAGAGGCGAAGGAGAGGAAGACGAAGGCAACGGCGGUAAACCGCUGAUUGCGGUUCGGGACAAGAACAGAAGAUUAGCCGCAGAGAUUGCCGUUGCGAAACGCGCGAAAGACGACGCGAACAAGGAGAAAGAAGUAGCCGUCGAAAGAGCGGUCGCGGCGGAGACGAAAUUGAUGCAAGCCGCGGAAACUAUUUCAGUUUUAGAGGACGACUUAGCGAAGCGAACGACAUCAACAUCAUCUGCCGCAACACACGACCCAUCAUCGUCCUCGACAACCACGACAACGACUACAGAUACGGAUAUGAUUGCAAUUCUAGCUUCGCAAAGAGACCGAUUCAAACGCCGAGUCUCCGAACUCGACGAGGAGAAAGCUCGCGUCACGACUGAACUCUCCUCGACGAGCGCCAAAGUCACAAAACUCGAAGAAGAUAACGUCAAACUUUUCGAAAAGAUUCGGUACGUUCAGAAAUAUUACGCGUCAAAGAUAUCAGGCGGUGCCUCCGCGGCAGUCAAAAUUCUUCGCGUAGACGAAUCUGGCGUGCCUUUGAGCGAUUCCUUAGAAACGGAAAAAUCUGCCAACAAAAGCGCUAGGUAUUCGUGCGGCGUUGGUGGCGUGACGAUUGGCGUGGACCGUUUGGCGAUCUCAGAUGGCAUGCGCAAACGCGCACAGCGAUACGGUUGUGGUUUCGGUGGAGGCGGUCACGGUGAUUUAGAGAGCGCGAGUUUAGGCGGCGACGAAGGCGGCGUCGUGAGCAGAUACCGCGAUAAAUACUUGGCAAGAUUGAACCCGUUCAACGCGUUCAAACGCACGGAAAGCGAGGAUGGAGGUUCAUCAAAUUUAGCGACACACGAUCGAUUAGCCAUGGCGGGAGGUAAAGCGCUUUUGUCUAGUCGAGGCUUUCGCAGUUUUUUUGCGCUUUACUUUCUCGCCAUGCAUGGAUUCUUGGCGAUGGUGUUAUACUCGCACCGAGCAAAGCUCUCGCUCGAUUGA